AUGUCGCAGUAUCCACCAGUGCCGCCACCGGAUCAGACGCACUACAAUGCACUCUAUCCGGCAACUGCCGGCGCCCAGCAGCUGCUUGACCCUUCACAACAGGAGACCCUGCAGUAUACCAGCCUGAACACGCCCGCGUUUCCGAAGGUUGAGACGACUAACGCCGAAGAAACCUCACCUUCACAGAUCCAGCACCUCGCUCAGGACUUUCGCCAACAUAGUGCGCUUGAGGAUCAGCAACGGCAGCAAAUUCGACAAGCUGCCCAACAAAUUCACCAUCAAGCUGCAGCCAACCUUCAGUCACAAGCCAACCUCGCAACGCCUCAGACGCCGCUGGAACUUUCUGCUGCCGAGAAGAGUAACAGGCUCCGCAAAGCGUGUGACUCAUGCAGCAUCCGCAAGGUCAAGUGUGAUGAGGCGGGUCCUCCUUGUAGAGCAUGCGCAGCUCUCGACAUACCUUGCACCUUCAACAGACCGAGCCGAAGACGCGGUCCGCCCAACAGACAUGCCGAAGCAAUCAAGCGUCGGAGGCUGGAGGAGGCAGGGAACUCGCCGCAUCUCUCGUCGUCGCCUUCGUCACCGACUCAUGCUGCACAGGCAUUAGCCGCCCUAUCAGCUCAGACUUCUAGCCACCAUCUCUCCGCCGAAUCAAUAUGCCCUCUGGAGACGCUCGACCUGCUCAUCGAUGACUUCUUCACCUACAUACACCCGCUAUGUCCAUUCCCACACGAGCCAAGCUUCAGAGAAGCAUGGAAGCGAAGGGAAGACCUCAACAACAAGUCCUUCCUUGCGCUGCUUGCGGCUAUGAUCGGAGCAUUGGUCUCAUCAUUUCCAAGGAAGCCGCGCAUCCACCUCAAAGCGCACAAGCGCGAGAAUAUGUUCCCUAACCACAUGAGCCUCGUUCAUCGAUGUCAGCAGGUGUGUGCGAUGGCAAGAGGUCCUGGCUAUCUGGAGAGCGACAACCUAAGUGUCUACGAUGCGGCCACUAGCUACUUCCUCGCACUGACUGGUGUGUACACCUUCCGGUGGCGCCUUGGUCGGCUGUACUUCGGCGAGUGUCUGACGAUUGUACGUACGCUUGGGCUACAUAAAGCGAAGGAACAGACAUACACACAAUUAGGCGCACUGCCGAGCGCGCUCGGCUUCAACGGCGAAACACACGAGAGCACCCAUGAGCAGCCCGUAGACAACAUCACUCUCGAGAUGGGUCGACGGGUUUUCUGGACCAUGUUUGUCACCAUCAAGAUGAUACAGCAGCUCGGCGCAUCAUUUGGAGAGCUCGUGAUCUCACCACCGACUUCUACCGAGCCAUACCCACCGCUGCCAGCCGAAGUGGACGACUUUUGCAUUUACCCAACACACAACGAGCCGCAGCCGCACGGUCUUGUUCCGAUCAUCGCAGGUUUCAAUGCGAAUGUAAGAGUGUAUUGCUCGUACAAUUCAUUAGCGACCAUGGAGAUGGCAUGGGGCAUUGACGCUGUCGUUGACUGGGAGAGGCAGAAGAAGGUUCUCCACGAAUCACUUCGACGGUGUAAGAACUCUAUCGCCGAGUUGCCACCAGAGCUCAAAGUGGUACCGAACGCCGCGUCACUUGCUCAUCAGAAUGGUGUGGGCCCGUACCCUAGCUUCGCUCAGCCAAACAUGCAACGUGACCCUGCGCAUUCUCUUAUGAGCCCGUCACAGCGACUGGACAUUGAGCAGACGCCUGAGCAGCGGCGCCGCAUGCAGUACGAGAUCCAGAAAGCGAAUAUCUACGCAUCCAGCUUGUCGACACGCUCGUACAUCGUUGAGAAGUUCUUCAACUUGUGUGAAGCGCAUGAUAGAUCGCGUGGGCACUCGGUUCCAGGCUCCGUGCCAAGCUCACCCGGAGCUGGCGUUACCGCUGCUGGUCUGGACGGCAUCCUGCCACAAGCACCCACGAGCCAAUUCGACGGCAUUGCACAGGAGAUGCGAAUGGAACGGGAAGAUAUCGUCAAGGACCUCCUUGUCGUGCUUUGCAGCAUUGAUCAGGUCAACAUGGAGCCCAAUGCAGACAGCUUCACAAUGAAGAUUCGCAGCAUAGCAAGCACUCUACUUGACAGCCCUGACCAUCGGAAAGGCCAGCUUGCACUACAAGCGCAGGAGUAUCUGGCGGCGUUCCUCAAGAUCCUAAUGAAGCUUGAGCGGGUCAGUCCCGCCAAUAGCGACCCAGAUCAGCCCGAAGACGAAGAGGCCGAGCUGAGGCAGUGGGCAGACCUGCGGCAAUACCAGAUGAAGUUCGCUCAGCAGGGCGGGCUUAUGGGGUUGUCAUAG